GUCUGCGCGUGCACCGCAGCUGGGUCAAAGGACAACAAGAUGGCGGCGUCCUGCAGAGCGAACUGGGAGGCGGUGUCGGCGGCGCUGCAGUGAGGAGCCGAAACGCUGUGUGUGGGGGGCGCUGCCGCGAUGCCCAAAUACUAUGAGGAGAAGGAGGAGGACGGGCGGGCCUGUGCGGGGGUGCGGGAGGACCUGAGACAGUGUCUGCUCGAGACCUCCUGCGUCAUACAGGAAGGAAAAAGCCCCAGACAAUGCUUGAAGGAAGGACACUGCAGAAGUUUGCAGGUUUCGUUUUUUGAGUGCAAAAGGUCAAUGUUGGAUGGCAGAGCAAGAUUCAGAGGAAGGAAGGGAUACUGAAGCCUUUGUGAAGAGAGCCAAGCAUGGGGAUUUGUGGGUGUAUCAGUGCUUUAAGCAAAAUACAGAGACUAAAAUAAGAAGAGUACAUCAUCUGCAUCCUCCCAGUCAUGAAGUAUUCUCAUGGAAAAUACCUGCUUUCAAGAACUCUGAUAGAUUGAGGCUGACAUGCACCUAAAAUACUGAAAAGAAAACCAAUAUUAGGCUUGCAGUUUGAAGUGAUAUGAAAUGCCCUAAUUCAUUUUAAAUAAACUAUGCAAAAUCCAAAAUAAGCUGUAGCAAUCUUUAGCUGAGUCAAUUUGUUUUGAAAUUGAGAUUUCCUUUCAGUUUUUAGGUUUGUAGUUUUAUUUAUCUAAAACCUUAAAACAUUGUCAGAAUGAAAUAUUAUAAAAUGAUUGAAAUUGGUAGACCGCUUGAGUAAUGUUCUGCAGUAUCAUUCAGGAAACCUAAGAUAGAUCUCUUGUUUCCCAGGUUGGCAGGGCCGACAUACACUGAAAUGUACAGGUUAGCCUCUGGGGAAGAGAGUGGCUUAUAUUGCUCAAUAGUGAGUUCCAGUUAGAGUGCAGUUGGUACCUGUCCAGUCCCCAAGAACUGUGACAACAUCUCUUCAUCCCUCCACAAAAUUCUUUUUUUAAUAUGAUGGUUGGUGUAAGUUCAUUCAUACAUUGUAGCCUUUCAUUACUGAAGAGCUAAAUUAAAGUUGGGGUUACUCUUAAAAAUUAAAAUAUGUCUGUCUGAAAGUGAUUGUUCAUAUCGAAAAACAACCACUGCUUUUAAGAGAAAUAUAGUUCAUCUGACCAGUACUAGUGUAUAGCUGAAGAGUUGCAUAUGAGAAGUAAGAGUAAUUAAAUGUCAUGUUUUUCACCCAGACAUGCAGCUGAAGAGAUAUCGGUUGUCGCUUUUAUCAUAGUGUGCCGACAACAGCCUCUAGAUUCCUUUGAGGUUAUGCUUGACUUUUCCCCCUUACUACCCAAACAAAUAUACUUUACACACUUGACCACAAUUCAGAAUUACAUUUUUUCUUACCUUUGUAUUAAACAUUAAUUAUGUACCACAAACUUUAUAAUUUUAAAAAAAAAUUCUUAUUCCUGCAUUCUUAUUCCUUUCUGUACUCUAAAAUGUAUAUAUGGGUGUACAAUUUUCAAGUUGUCAUUCACAUUAAUUUAAAUUAUGACUGGUUUUCUACGGUAAACUUGUUUUUUAAACUCUUAGCAUUUCCACAUGUUCCUUUUGUACAACUUAAUUCACAAGUUUGUAUAAUUGCACAAGUCAUAAUGUAGUUCAGCUGGAAGACCAAACUAUAAAUGGGAGAAAAGGAAAAA